CACUAGGUAGCUAUCUCAUCAUCAUCAUUAUAGAAAUGGAAGAAUUGGAAGCUAGUAAUACUGUCACUAGUGGUUCGUCUACCUUUUCAGAGGAUAUGUGUUUGACGGUGGAGCAAAAGUUAAUACGCUUAAUUAUUCCUCCCUUAACAUUUGUUGCACAUAAGGGACAGGCAGGUAGAAUUGGAAUCAUCGGGGGAUCACGAGAAUAUACUGGAGCUCCUUAUUUUGCAGGUAUUUCAGCUUUAAAAACUGGAGCUGAUUUGUGUCAUGUUUUUUGCACAAGUAGUGCAGCAUCUGUAAUAAAGUCGUAUAGUCCGGAAUUGAUUGUACAUCCAGUGUUAGACAGCUGUAAUGAUGGUACAGAAUUUGGAGCUCUCAUUUCAAAACUUCAUGCUCUUGUUAUUGGGCCAGGACUUGGAAGAGAAGAGAACACAUUUAGCAUAAUGCAUCAAGUUGUUGAAAAAGCCAAAGAAUUACAAAUGCCAAUUGUGUUUGAUGCUGAUUCAUUGUUUUAUAUAAAUUCACAUCCUGAACUCGUAGAAGGAUAUAAAAAGGCUGUUUUAACUCCAAAUGUUGUAGAAUUUUCUAGACUAUACAAGGCAGUCAUAGGUGCAGAUUUGGGUGUUUUAGAAGAUUUAAAUAUGCCAGUUCAAGCUCUGUCUCAGAAAUUGGGAAAUGUUACAAUUGUUUGUAAAGGAAUAGAUGACAUAAUAUCUGAUGGAGAUAUAUUAACUAUGUGUAAAGAAAAGGGUAGUCCAAGACGCUGUGGGGGACAAGGAGAUCUGCUGUCUGGUUCUUUGGGAACCAUGCUGCAUUGGGCUCAUAUGGCUCAUGAUCAAAGUGAACUAGUCAACUUUUCUAACUGGAGGCCUAAUAUUAUAGCUGCUGUAGGAGCCUGUAUGUUAACUCGAAGGUGCAAUUAUCUGGCUUUUCAAAAAUAUUCAAGAAGUAUGACAACUACAGAUAUGAUUGUAGAAAUACAGUUGGCUUUUACUAGUCUUUUUUCAUAAAGAAACAGUUAUUUUGAAAUUGCAAGUUUGUUAAUAUAGCAUGCCUGAUAACUACAGUAUCAAAGAAGAACUUAUCAUACUGAUACUAAACACCACUUAUCUUCAUCACCAUUAUGGCUAAAAUGAGAUACAUAAAGUGUGAAAUUAAAGCAUAUUUAAAUAUAAAUAUGAAAUUUGGCAAUUUUCUUUUUUCUAUUGUCUGUAACUGUUAUUAAGACUUAAAUGUGUAGCUAUCCAAUUCUUUAUACUAAUAGGUAUAUAAGAAAAAGGCCCAUAAAUGUCAGUCUAGUAAUUAGUAUUAACUUCCUAUUAGACCAAAUUAUGUACUUGGAGCAAAACUAAUAAUUAGCCUAUCUUGUUUAAGACUCAAAGACUGAUAUAUAACUAUUUGAUAUCUUUGUACUGAUUUGUAAGUAAUUAAAAUUUUCAGACUAAAUUAUUAUCUAAUAAAUUUGUUUUUUAUACCUGUAAGUUCUAUAAGCGAAAUAGUGAAUUUAAUAAAAGCAGUGUGUCUAUCUAGCCUUGAGAUUCACCAAUUUGUGCUUUUGUUGUUAGUUAUAUUCUUUAAUUUUUUAACAGAAGCUCUUAGGACUUUGUGUUUAGAUGUUUUGAGUGAAAUUAUGUUUUGCCAGCUGAAAUAUGUACAAUUCAUGUAUGAAAUGUUCCAAAUAUGCUUAUAUCAAGUGUUAUAUUUACUGUUUUAUUAUUUAUAUUUAUAGAGCAUAAUAGUAUAUCAAAACUUCCUUUUCUCAGAAUAUGUUUUUAUUGAACUUUAACAAACUUGAUUGCAUGACACAUUCCUUGAAAAUUUAUAUUAGUGAUUAAUCUCUGGACCUGUUGCAUGCUUUGAAAUUUUUAUUAUAUAUUCUUUGUUUGGUGAUUUUGUUUGUCAAUCAUUCUGUAAUGAAGAGAAAAAUACAAACUAAUAAAAAGAAGGAAAUGUA